AAAAUUGAUAAAUGAUAAUAGUAAGACUGGGAAUAAUAGAGUGAUAUUUCUCACUUUCCAAUUUUCCAUUUUUCAUUUUCGUUUGCUCUUGUCAGCCUGCGAGAUUCUCAGUUUUUCGAGAUUUAAGUCUCCUAUUUGAGCACACAUUUGCUUGCUUUAACAUGAGAUUUUGAUUUCAUAUAAGAAAGAGAAAGGUGAAGAGCAUUCUUUUAUUUUAAAACCUGCUUCUUCCAUGUGGAGAGACCUUAAAAUCAUUGGAGAAAGAAGGUCUAAACUAUCUAAUUUAAGUCUUCCUUCCAAGACUUUCGAAAGGAAGGGGAGUGCUCUGAUAGCAGAUCACUAUGCAAUUCUGGUAUCAUGUCGGUGCAACUAUACUGAGUCAAGAUUGUUUUUCAAGCAUCAAACUAGCUGGAGACCACGUAUAUCAAGGGACCUUAUGAUCUCUGUUGCAUCUGAAAUGUCAGGGCAGUCUUCUGGACCUAAUGAAAGACUAACUCAGUUUCCAGUUCAGGUCUUAACCCUCCAGGCUUCAAAUUUGACAUCUGAGGAUUUAACCAUGACAGUUCUUGCUCCAGCCUCCUUUACCUCACCUCCUUCAGUGGUUUCCCUGAGUUCUUCUCCAACAUCACCAAUGAGCCCAUUUGUUGGUUUUACCGAGUUUACGGGCAGAGCAAGUAGCAAGAGGCAUGGUACUUCAGUGGAGAAGCCAAGCUUGGUGUCUGUUGUACAAGAUCACCAGAAACAGAAUGAUGAUGGAGUUAGGUCCAUUUCCUUAAACAAGCAAUCUAUUUCGACUCCUGAUGUCAUUCCAUCUUCUGGGUUUGGCUGUACGCAUCUCUGGCUGCAAAGUAGAGUACCAUUAGGGUAAUGUAUCAACUUUUUCCUAUUUCUUUAGGGUGAAUUACACAUUCUCUCUCAUCUCUCCCCAUCUUUAAAGUAUUAUACUGCCACCUAGAAAAGCAAUCCCAGGAUCAUUUUUAAACUUUAUUGCAUGGAAUUAUUUUCUCAGGGGCUAAAUGUAUUUUAUUGUAAAAGCUAGUGCAAAGUGCGUU